UUAUAAGAAUUGCUGUGCCUCCAUGGGCUUUUCCAUCUGGAUGGAUAGUAUCAUAGGCAAUAAAAUUUCUAAUACAAAAAGAAUUCUUCUUUGUUUUCGCGGAAAAAUGGGUUUCUGUUAUUAACAUGAUGUCAAUUUUGUGCAAGAAAAGAAAAGCUUGCACCUCUAGUUUAUGCUUUAAAAGCCCAUUAGCAUUCCAUAGACAAAUUCUUAGGACAUCCAUCAUUAUUUAGAAAAAUAUUGACUUACUGUCUUUUGGAGAGCUUUUACGCUGUUUUCGAGUUCGCACUGGCGUUUGAUCACCUCCGUGAGGCUGCUUUGCAAUGAGUUCAUGUUUGACUGCAUUAGAAUUAGAAGCUGAAUGACGUUUUGGCCCUCAUGGGGCUGAGCAUUAACGUUGAGAGAACCUCCAGAGAUAAUAUUCGCAUAAGAUUGGCCGGAUGAUGAAGGAAUUAGCUGCUUCUGUGAGCCAGUGGAAUUCUUCCGGGAGUUUGUCGUUUUCUGUUGUUUACUUUGCUGAUUGAGGUUAGGAGUCAGCUGUUGAUCCAGAGGUGUCUGCCGUCUUUGAGGGUUCUGGAUUAGUGGAUUUCGAUUUAUAAAGUCACCUUGUUGGUCUACGUUCUGACCAUGCCCCAGCCUAGGUUUCUGAUUCUGUGGUCUUGUUCCCUGAUUCCUGCGUUGUCUAGGAUUCAUUCGUUCUAAGAACUCUUUAUAUACAGAGCACCCUCUAUAAUUUGCAGUGUGGUUAUUACCACAAUUGUUGCAUUUCUUACAUGUCCUGUCGUUUUUAUCCUUUUCGCAAUCCUGGGUCCUGUGACGGCCAGCGCAGACAACACAAAUAGGACUUAAAUGGCAUCUAGUCCUGGAAUGACCGAAUUCCUGACAAUUGUGGCAUUGAAUUGGCCUUCUGGGUCUGUAGGGCUCCUCUAUAGAAACCACCAUAUGCUGAAAGCGUCUUAACUCAUAAAUAGGAUGAGGACAAUUGCUGUCGAUUGAAUCCUCAAGUUCAAUCAAAAAGGACGAUGUUUUUUCACCAAGCCGGUUUGUACAAUUUGAGACGUUUCGUGGAUUAAAACCAAGUUCCUUAAGCCCAUUAGAAACCCUCUCAGUGGUCAUUUUGGGAUGAAGGCCUUUCAUAACUAUUUUCAGUGCCUUCUCACUCUUAAGUUGAUAAGUGAAGAAUGGAAAAUUGUGUUCAGUCAUAAAUUUUUGGGCCUUUCGAUAAUCAUCCACACUAAAGAGCUGAAGUUUAGCUUCCAUCCCCCUUUUCAUGAUUUUCACCUCAUAGUCUUUAAUCAACAGAACCUUCAUGAGCUCGUCGAUUUUCUCAAUAGCAUCAGCCCCUCUGAUGUGAAAAGCUACAGGUUUUUCCUUCUUGGGCUGCUCCCCAGAGACAGGGGGGACCAGAUCUUUGUCGAGAACACUGAAGCGGUUUUUGGUGGUAAUUGGAGUGACAUUUGACCGUUUAGCUGUACUAGGCUUGUCUCGUGGGCUGCGUUUCCUUUUCAUGUAGAGAUCAGCGCCAGUGGGCGUUAAGAAUCUAUCCUUGUUGGAGUUUUCGCCAUGAGAAGACGUUUGAGUGGAACAGGAACCUUCCUCAUCCUCAUCAACAUCACUCAUUAUGAGGGAAGCAACAGAAGCUCCCGAAGCGAUUGAGGUUAGAUGACUCAUAAAAGCUCAAUCUGCGCAGAAAGUCACGGAAAAGGGGUACCAAGUAUGUUAGGCAGGCCCGUGACCUCCCGCGGUUCAGAAAAUAUCCAAAUGUAGGGCUCGGAACAAAGAAAAUAUGUGUAAAUAUAAAAUUUUCUAGGAGCGAUCAGAAAGUAAACAAAUCACUUGCCUUGUCACUCGUCGUAUUCUUUGUGAAUUUCAUCCAGAAAUAUUAAGAAUUACGGUUUUUAGGGCCGAUUUUCGAUUUUUUGAAAAAACUGUAAUUCUAAUUCAUAAAUCACCGAUUUUCCACGUCAUUUUCUUAAUUUUCCACGAAUUUUAAAAUGUUGCAAAAGUCGCUGGGUGACCCAUAUUUAGCCUAUUUUUACUAUCAAAUCACGUCUUUUAACCAAUUCUAUGUCACUAAAGUGAUUCUAAAAACUAUUUUCUUUAUGUUUACACCAAUUUUUAUUGGAAUUUCAUUAAUCGAACUUCAUAAAUUGGCUUUAAAAAGCAAUCUCGGCGACGCUUUUUUAAAAUGCUGGCGACGACCACUACAAAAGCAGAAAAACGACUUUUUCCUUCUAUGUUGGUUCCUCUGUAUGUAAUUGCCUACACACUGCACAAUUUUCUUCAAUAUUUAAACUUUUAUGUCAAUAAAACUUUGCAAUGUGGAGGCAAUCCUUGUCAAUAUUGAAUAUUGAAGAGAAAUAUUGGAAUAAAUUUUGUCUAGUGUAUAGAUGAGACUCCCCAGCGAGCACCAAAUGCUAACCGAUUGCAAUUCAGCUGAAAACAUAUGUAUUUUCAGCUGAAUUCUGCUAACCUUGAAACAAAAUUGGCGAUUCAGUGCCAUUUCCAUAUAUUUGGUUAGCACUUUUUGUUCGACAACUGCUGAUCAGUCAGCAAAUUUUUGCUAGUCAAUUCAGCAAAAAUAUGCUGAAAACGCUACUUUUUUCAGCUAAGUGUGCUUGCUGGGUCGCUGGGCAUGAUCAGUUGGGUAAAUUUGAAUUUGAAUGCCAUUAUCAGUUGCAAAGAUGGCUCUGGGUGCUCCUCUAAAAAACAGAAAAAAAAUCAUUAUUCUGAGGGGAGAUGCUUCACCCUGUUUAAUUCCCCCACCAAUUGUCAACCUCCCCACUUUCUGUGGGACCCUCUCAUUCUGGCGCCCCAUUGGUGUGAGUGAGACAAAUAGCCAUUUGAUGUCUCUGGGGAGCCCGUGAGAGAGCCAGAAGGUCGACUGUCGAUCAGAAAGCGCUUGACAUUCCCGCGAUUGAGACGCUCUCCUUAAGAAAGACGUUGCGCGCGCGUGCGCAAGCCAAAAAAAAUCCGCGAUCGAGAGACACUUAAAAAGUUACUCUGAGACAUUUGUAUUGGUGCGUGUUUAGAGAAGAAGAAUAACAAUUCCAGUGCUGACUAAGAGAAUUUAUUAAUUUUUCGGAGUUUUUGCCUUGGUUUGGUGUACUCUUUUCAAUUCAGUUCAGUGUCAGGGGCAAAAAAGAGAAGGAAAAAAAAACUGUGAUAAGGAUAGAGGAUCAUUUGCACGUUUUAUCCUUUACCGGACAUCUGUGCUAAGAAGAAGAAGAAGUGAAGUGAAAUCUGACAGGAUAAAUUUGCACUUGUUUUUUUUUGUUUGUGUGUGUUAGUGUGUGCAACACAAUUGCACAAAAAAAUUUAAAAUGCAUCCGGAUCCGGGAAUAAUUUUUUCAUCUUCACCAGGUGUCCUGCGUCAAAGGAUGAUGGUGGCGGAAUUUGUAGGACGUCAGCAGAGCUGUUCCCCUGGCAAUGGAGAGAUAUCCUCAGGCGGUCAACAUCACAAUCCUGUGCCAAUGUCACCGAGGCAUAUGGAGAUAUUUGCUGGGCAUGAUCAUGUAUCGCCACUCAGUCCAAGAUCACCGGGUCCCGAGGGCUAUGGAGGAUCCCGCGAUGGUGCCAACAAUGGCUACGAUUUGGGUGGUCACCUGAAGCGAAAGGAAUUGUUUACACAGCGCAAACAACGUGAAUUUAUUCCGGAUAACAAAAAGGAUGACAGUUACUGGGAUCGAAGGAGGCGCAACAAUGAAGCUGCCAAGAGAUCCAGGGAGAAACGUCGAUUCAAUGAUAUGGUGCUGGAACAGAGAGUGGUUGAGUUGACAAAGGAGAAUCAUGUGCUGAAGGCUCAAUUGGAAGCCAUUAAGGAUAAAUACAAUAUCUGUGGCGAGAGUCUCGUGAGUGUUGAUCAGAUAAUGGCAACACUACCGAAUGCCGAUCAAGUGUUGACCAUCACCAAGAGGGCUAAGCUCAUUGGGAGUCCCUAUCCUCAUUCACAGAGUCCGGCUAGGCAUCAGGUGGCAGCACCUGUUGCCGAAUCACCACCACCAGAUAGUCACCAUCAGGCAAUGUUUGCUCCCCAUCCGCCACUGCAUCCAGCCCUCCAUCGUGAUCACCAUUCUGACGUCAUCCUGCAGCAUCAGCAUCCACCAAUUCAUGCGUACGCACAGAGAGAACCAUCCACCUAUCCACAUCACCAGACUCCGGUGUCGUCACAUCAUGUGGACAAGGCCCUGUCACCGUCGCCCCGGGAUGAUGCACUAAAUCUCUCCCGACGAGGUGCUACGUCUCCCUAUGACGUCAGCAGCGGAAGUUGCGCAAGUGGAACAGCCAGCGGCGAUGAUGACAAUUGCUGCGAUCACAGCGCCACCCUACCACCAGCCGCUGACAUCGCCAACAGUCUCCCACUCAAAUUGCGUCACAAGAGCCAUCUUGGUGACAAAGAUGCUGCUGCCAGUGCCCUCUUGGCCCUCCAUCACAUCAAGCAGGAACCACUGCUUCGUGCCUCCCCACCCUGGGCCGACGGAGAGGGUAGCAGUGACGAACGUGAUUCGGGUAUUUCCGUUGGGCAUCACCAUCAUCAUGGCCAUGGCGGUGGUGGUGGGGGCAAUGGUGGUGGCGCCACUGGUGAACCGUGGAUGAGAAAAAUUGUUCCAGGUGGCGCCACAACGACAACUCUGGCUGUUGGAGUGGGAGUUGUGGGGAUUUUGGACAAAGAAGAGGAGAAUAUCCAUUUGAAGUCACAACUGGCACGCCUUGAGAAUGAAGUGGCCAGCAUCAAAAAUAUGAUGAUCCUCAAUAAUGGCGCCACAGCGGCAGCACAGUGAACUAUAACUAUACAUGAAACUAAACUACAAGAAAACCCACACAACAGUGAUACAAAAAAAAACUUCCCCAUUUAUUUUAUUUUUUUGUUGUUAUUUUUGCUUUCACAAUCUCGUUGCAAAAUUUUUUUUUUAUAUUAGACUUUGACAGCUGUCACCCAAAUAUCGGAUAUUGUUGUCACUCUGUGAAGUUUCUUUUUUACAGUAGACUCUCUCUCAAUCGGGAAUAUGGGGCAAAAUGUCAUCCGGUUUAGCGAUAGAAUUUAGCGUCAAAGCCUUUGUAAAUUCCACAAAAAGCGCCCAAUUAUAAAGGAUCACGAUAAAAUGGGAAGGAUUACAGCGAAUUUGAGCAAAUUUGCUUCAUAAUUAAGCGUGAAAAUUGUCAACAAAAUUUGACGCCCGAUUGAGAAAGAGCCGAUUGAGUGAGAGUCUACUGUAAUUGGACAAGAUCAAAUUGACAGCUGUCAUUACAAAUUUGAAUUUGAAUUUGAGACAGAGAGAAGAUAAAAAUUUGCGGUUUUUCAUUAAAUCUUCCUGUCAAAUUCCAAAAAUAUUGAGAAAAAAACAAAGACAAUUUUAAUUUUGACUUGAAUUACUGAAAAAAAAAAAAAAUAAAACAAAGAAUUGAGAAGUAUAACAGAAAAAUAAAAACCUGCACAAAAAAUAAAGUCUGCAUAAUAAACAAAAAAUGAAACGAAAAACAAAAAUUGAGAAAGAUUAUUUAAAAAAAAAGAAGAACGAAAUAUUUUUAUUACAAAUGAUAUAUUAUAUGAAAAGAAAAAUAUUUAAAAAAAAAAGAAGAAUUUUAGUAAUUAGUUUUCUAAUGAAGAUUUGAAAAAAAAAGAGAUGAGAAAUGAAGAAGAAAAAAAGAUAAAAUGAAAUUAGAUUAUCUUCGUGAUUUAUUAGUCCCAAGCCCAAAUCCUCCCUCCUCAAUUUAUUUAUUUUAUUUCAUAAUUUUUUUUUUGUAGUUUUUAUUAUUAUUGAUUAUUAUUUCUUUGAAAAAAAAAAGAAAAGAAAUAUGAAAUUUCCUCCAUUUUCUUUUUGUAACUUAUGUCACCAGAUUUUUUUUUACUAUUUUGGUCAAAAUACUUCAGAGAGAAAUAUUAUUUUGAACCAAUUUGUUUUUUCUUCUAUUAAAUAAAUGAAAUGCUCAUUUUGAAAGAACACAUGAAGAAAAAAAAACAAAAAAGAAAAUAUUGCAAUUUUUCGUACAUUUUUUUCUCUGAAUUUUUUUUUUUAUUGUUGACAAAAUGUAGAUAAAAAUGAAAGCAAUUUUUCUUGUAAAUCCUUUAUAUUUUCUUUUCCUUUUGUCAAUAUUAUAUGAAUUAUUAUAUUAUUUUGAAGUAUCUGAAAAAAAAUGA